AUGUUCAUGGUCGAAGAUUCACAAAACCAAGAGCGAGAAUCAAAACAACCUGCUCCAGCCAAUGCAGACCAGCCCGGAUUGAGACCAAAGACCAGCGGCGGCCCGUCCCACGCUGCUGAUGGCGAAAAUGUAAUUGUGAAAGUAGAAGCCAUUGACUUGGAGCCUGACUCUCGAAAUGUUCUCAAGCAAGACGAGCAUCAGGAACCAAUCACGAAUGCUGCUGUUGCGAAUCUCGACGGAAAUGAGAAUGCAGCUCAGGAAAGGAAGAACCGCAAUGAGUCUGGAGAGGGAAAGCAGCAGAAAGAAACAUCCAGCGAGGGUCUCCAAGACAGCACACCGGAAUGUAAAGUCGAUGUGACCACAAGACAGCAAAAGGAGACCCGACUAGCGAAGAAGAAACGGAAGAAGCAAAGACGGAAACGCAAAGUGCGGAAAGUGCUGAGAAGACUAGCAGAAGCCUUGCAAAUGUUGGAUUAG